AUUGAAGGGCUCACCCCCACUGGGGAAGGAGCUCUCUCUGGCGAUUCCUCCUUGGUGAAGCUUUCCCCUGUGAACCUGGAAUCUUCUGGUAUGGGUGAGCCAUCUUCUUCCCUUCCUUUAUAGCACUUUUCUAUUUUACUGGUCCUUUUGUCAUCACACCUUUGUUGUAACAGCCCUUCCCAUCGUAUUGAUCUGCAUCGUAUCUGAUCCAUUGCUGCAUACCUGGAGGGGUAUUGAUCUGUCCCAUUGCUGCAUACCUGGAGGGGAAGAGGAGUGUGAAGCAGCUCAGUGGACGUCUGGCUGGGACUUCUUAGCCCUUUUUCUUCCUGGAAGAAGGGAGGAUGGUAUGGUGUAGAACAAACUGAAUGAUCCCAUCAGCUCCUGGGCUGAGUGGGUGCUCUCAGAGUGUGAUGUGGUGCUCGCUCCCACUUGCUGUCGACUAAACUGCAGUGUAAACUCAGCAUCCACAGCCUUGAUGCAUUACCCACCACCCACUGAUUAUGUUCAGUAGGUACCCCUUUUCCUCUCCUGAAAUUGUUCUUCACUCAGUUAAAAGCAUAUGCAUUCAGAUAUUUUCUCUGCCUGCUGUUUAUUUAGAUAAGCAAUUCACUAGUUUCUUUUGAAAAGUGUCAUGAAAAUACUUCUUUGUCAGACUGUGUCUGUCCAGAAAUGUAUAUACAUGGGUGGCAUUACUAAGAAAAUGUCUAUUUUGGUUUUGUUCACUGAAUAAAACAAUUCCUUUAUAAAGUGCUGGGAAAAAUAUUUGAUAGAGACAGUGUGACUAAUUUCUUUUCAGUGUGCAAAGUAGGAAGUACAGCUUCUGUCCUUCUGUUAGGAGGCUGAAGACCGAUUACAUGGAGGACAUGCCAGUUUGAAAACAGUGGUGAUUGCACAUUAAUUGGAAAUGAGAUAUUCCAGCUGUCAUUAAUCGUAGAAGCUGUAAAAUGCUUAAUUGUUCUGAUUUGCUGGAAAUGAAUGGGAGGAUAGUUUCUGCCCAGAAAAUGACAUCGUUUUGGUUUUUUUUUUUGGUGGUUGCAUUUUUUUUUCCUGAUCUUCUCUUAGAAGUAAUUGUAAGAUUAUUUUGUGUAAGCUGACAUACGUAUAUUUAGACAAAUUCAUGCUGAAUUUUCUAAUAAAUCUGUGGCGAUUAUUUUCAACUUGUCAACACUUAGGCUGUCUGAGGCACUUCUUCUUUAUUUUGAGUUCUCCACCCUCUGCCAGAAAAGUUUGCUCUUGCAGAUUGGCCUCUCUGUGUGCAAAAUUGGCAAGGAAAACUCACAAUGGACUUGAAGUGACAGCAGAACUCCUCCAAGAGGAGGCGGUUUUCACGCAGAGGUAUGGGAGAUCUGUAGAGUCCACAAACUGUACAGAAUGUUUUUCUCAGUUUUCUUAGGGCCACUGAAGUCUGUAAAAAUUGGGUUUCCUUUCGGCACCGAACAUAUCCUGGCUCAUCAGGGCAUCAGUGAUUGUCUUAACCAGGGUUCUCUGGCUUUGUGUUGUUGCUUGGUUACUGGCAUUCCCACAACUCUCAAAUAAAACAAAGCAAAUGGUGGUGGGUUUUUUUUUUAAGUUUCUGUUUAUGGACUGGUCUACUGUACGGAUCCAAACAAAACAGAACUGUAAAUCCUCUGCAGCUUUAAUGAUCUUUUUUUUUUUGUCUCAAGUAUUCCAUUUGGCUGCUUGUAAAGGCUUUCUAUUUUAAAUAUGUUUUUUCAGUAGGUUGGACUACUUCUAGGAUUCUGCACAAACUCAUUAAAUUCAGAAACUAGGAUCCUGGCUAAAAGCAAGGCAUAAUAAAUAAUGGUUUUUGCUGUCAGGCAGUCUGCUACCUAUGGCUAGGAGGCUGUCUUUUAGAUAUACUCUGAUAUGCAUCCUUUGUUGAGGGUGGGAAAAAGGACAAAGCUUAGCUUGGAAUGUGUGAGAAACUACUUUAUUUAGUAAUGAUAAUAAUAAAGAACUGGUGUAAGUGUUUGACUGAGAAUUUUGUGUCAUUUUGAAUACUUGAGGAUGUAGCUUCAGCCUCCUGCCCCUAGGGUAAUAAUUUUGAUGCAUGGACUCAUCUGUUUCAGUGAAAAUUCUCAUCUCCAGUCCUGACAAAGCAUACAGACACUGAGAGCUCAGUGUAGCAGGGGUGCAUGGGUAGUUUUUCUUUUGCUACCUCUGUCCCACAGAAGAAUUUCUGUCAAAUGAAAGAUACCAUCUUUGGGCUGAAAAAUGUUACAACUUUGAGAUGGCAUUAUAUUGAUAUGCUGUAAAUGAAUAAGGUUUUUUUUUAUUUGCUUUUUUCUUCUUUUUCAGUGUAGUUGUUUCCAAAGAAAUCUCAUCUUGGAAAUUCUUACAUGUAGGAGAUACAGACCACUGGAGAAGAUAGAAAAACAAGAACAGAAACUGGAGACGUUCACAGUGACAGUAUUCUUGUAAGAAGAGAGAUGGCAGAAAUCAGUUCUCCAGUAAAUAUCAAGGAAAAGAUCAAUGCAAUCCGAUCAGUUGUUCCAAACAAAAGCAAUAAUGAAAUAGUUCUGGUGCUGCAGCAGUUUGAUAACAAUGUAGACAAGGCUGUCCAGGCUUUCAUAGAUGGUAGUGCAACUCAGGUUCUAAAAGAAUGGAAUAUGACAGGGAAAAAGAAGAAUAAUAGGAGAAAAAGAAGCAAAUCUAAACAGCACCAAGGCAACAAGGAUGCUAAAAAUAAGAAUGAUGGGCCCGAUAAGGCAUCUCAAGAGCCUCAGAGAAUACAUGGCUGCCAUCUGAAUGGAUGCUCUAAGGACAGCCGUAGUGGUGACUCUGCCAAUGAGAAACUGGAAGCCACUUCUCUGGAGAACAGAAGCUCACAAUUCGUAGCAUCAGCGCCAGGCUGUCCAGAAACCACAGGCAAAGAACGUGAGCAUCAGAGAGUGUCUGUGGAGUUAAGUCCAAAGACUGUGAAUGGAGUAGAGCAGCAUGAGCCUCUUCAGUCAUCAGUUCAAUUCCAGGGUAACCUAGGCAGGCCCAAGUCAAAAUCUUCCUCAGUUAAAUCAUCCAAUGCUACAAGCCAACUUGAAACAAAACCAGAUGAUUCAGUGAAAAAAAGAGGGCCAAACAUUGAAAAAUCAGUAAAAGACUUACAGCGUUGCACCGUUUCUCUAACUAGAUACCGUAUGAUGAUCAAAGAGGAAGUAGAUAAUUCAGUAAAGAAGAUCAAAGCUGCUUUUGCAGAAUUACACAGCUGCAUCAUAGAUAAAGAAGUGUCGUUAAUGGCAGAAAUUGACAAAGUUAAAGAAGAAGCCAUGGAAAUCCUGACUGCUCGGCAGAAGAAAGCUGAAGAGCUGAAGAGACUGACGGACCUAGCCAGUCAAAUGGCUGAAGCACAACUGUCUGAACUCAGGGCUGAAAUUAAGCACUUUGUGAGUGAACGGAAAUACGAUGAAGAGCUGGGCAGGUCUGCCCGAUUUUCCUGUGACACAGAACAGCUGAAGACGCAAAUUCAGCUCUGUGGAGAGAUUUCUCACCCAAAGAACAAUUAUUCCUCAAGAACACCAUGUAGUUCGGUGCUGUCUUCAUUGACCUCACAUGCAACAACUGGCAAACAAAAUACACACACUCGGAAGUCCUCUAGUAAUGCCAAGAACUCUGAUAAUAAAACAGCCAGCACUAAAGUACAAAGUCAUCAUUCUUCCAAUCCUACAGAAUCUUCAUCCCAGGGAAUCCCAACAAAUAAGCAGAAUGGGCCUUCUAGUCAAAGACGAAGAUUCAACCCACAGCACCAAAACGUCCGUCUCAAUGGAUCUCUUAAGCCUCAAGGCACCACUAAUGAGGCGGAUCAAAAUAAUGUAAAGAGUGGCUCCAGGUCUGAACACAGAAGACAGCAGCACAACAAUUUCAGACCUAAAAAUAAAGGAGCUAUGAAAAAUCAGGAGCAGUCUGCAACUGCAAGGACCACAGAGAAUGUGACCCACCCGGAAAAGAGCCGACGGAAGCAUCACACAGCAGACACCACAGAUCACAGGCCUUUUCGAGGAGGUGUUGGCAGGGUCUCACAAUGCAACUUAUGCCCUGCAAGGAUGGAGGUCUCUCCUGAUACCACUGUUCUUUCAGUGCCAGCUGUGACUUUGGUGGCUUAAAAUGUCACAGUGAAGGCAGGCAGAAAAAUAUUCUCAUUUUAGCUUCUCCCUCAAGAUGCUUGAUGGUGAAGAAAAUAAAUCAGAACACAGUCAUUUUAAAUCUGUUGCUGCUUAAAACUUAUUGGUAUCUUCAUUAUUUACUAAUUAUCAAAAUUAAUUAUACUUUCAAAGCUUUGCCCGAUAUGUUCACAGUUAUUUUGUCGUGACAGUACAGAAUCUUACCAAAGCAGCAUAUACUCCGUAGAAGAAUGAAAUCUAGAUUGGAAAAAUAAACUCAGAAUUAAAUUCACAAUAGCAAAAAGGCUUGUUGUAGAUAUGUGGUUAUACAGUCAAUAGUAUUGUUCUUUAGAGCAGCCUGUGUUAGAAGGAUCCCAGGACACCUGUGUGCUGUGGUCUGCAAUGAAAUCACAUAAUCUUGUAGAAUUUUUCUGCAGUCUCUAUUAUACACCUCUUUAUUUCUGUGCAUGUAUCUGUGUGUGCAUGUAUACACACACAUACAUACAUACACAUGCAUGCACACUGUAUGCACACAGUAUUGUUACAUACAAGAACAUUUCAAAAAGCAGCACACUUGAUUUUAGCUUAUUAUUCCAUAAAUGGAGAUCGUUAGACUUGCCUAUAAAUUGUACUAAAUGUAUUACAUAUUGGUAUUUUUCAUUGACAAACUAUUUUUAUGAAAAUGCUCAUUUUGUUCAAGUUUAGAUUAUAUAUAGUCAUGGCUAUUCAGGUGCACAGCCCUAUUCUCCAUCCUUAUCAGCCACUUUUCUAUGACUAGUUGGAUUUAUUUUUUUGCAUAUGAAAAGUCACAGGUGUUCUAGACUUGAAUCCAGAUUAUUUUUCUAUAUUUUUUGCUGUAGGAACCAUCUGUCCUUAAUGAGAGCUAUGACUGAUAAAUUUGUUACAGCAACAUGCAGCAGAAUGUGGAGGUACAUAUUUGAGCAGAUACUACAUCCUUCUGAGUUUUCUUUUAAAAUAAAAUCUUAGUGUUAAUGUUCUGAUUAUGUAUUUCAGAGAACUUCUUUCUUCCAAAAAAUUAAAAUCUUCUUUCUAAAAUA